GUACAUAUCAUGUACAUAUUUGCAGGUAAACAAACCAGAAAGAGAUAAUCUUUGACAUGUUUCCUGGUCAUUUCAUCUAAAUAACAGGUUAUUUCGUUAUCCAGGCUGCGGAAGAUGGGGUUAUUUGGUAAAACACCGCAGAAGGAUCCAAAGGAACAGUGCCGUACCUGGUGUUCCGCCGUCAGGAAAGAAGGAAGAGGACUCGACAGGCAAAUUCGAGCCAUUCAAAAUGAAGAAGCAAAGGUUGUUAAGCAGAUCAAAGCUGCAGCCAAGAAGGGAGACAAUGAUGUAUGCAGAAUCUUAGCCAAGGAGGUGGUCAAUUCCAGAAAAGCUGUCAACAAGAUUUAUUGCACCAAGGCACAUUUGAGUUCUGUCGAGAUGCAAAUGAAAAGUCAACUAGCAACACUCCGGGUGGCUGGCAGCUUAUCCAAGAGUACUGAAGUGAUGAAGAGUAUGCAGGCUUUGAUAAAGGUCCCAGAAGUAAUGGCAACAAUGCAAGCUAUGUCCAAAGAGAUGAUGAAGGCGGGUAUUUUGGAAGAGAUGAUUGAUGAUACAUUUGAGAGUCUCGAGGACGAUGACCUCGAAGAUGAUGCUGAUGCGGAGGUGGAGAGGAUUCUUAAUGAAGUUGUUAAAGGUGUCAUCGAUACAGCACCAGCAGCUGGAGCCCAUUCAUUGGCUGAGCCAGAAGGUGCUACUGCCGAUUUUGCAUCAGAUGAGGAGGAGGAUGUUUCAGACAUGCAACAGCGAUUGGCCGCGCUCAAGAGUUAACUUGUGUGUGUCUGGAUGGACAAUAUGACUAUUUUUGUUGAGACUCCUGUUAAGUUUUUGCCCCUGCCGGUUUCGACCCGUGGAAGCUGUUUCGUGGCGGUUGAUGUAAUCAGGAUUUUCCCUGAUAAUCCUUUGAUAAGACAGUAGAACAAUUGGAAUUUAGGCCAAGGUGCGAGCGGGCUUUGUUCAGAGACAGCAUACGAUGUAUUGUGCUUGGCCUAAAUUCUUCUAACUGCGAGGUAAGGGGCAAACAGUGAUGUAAAUAUUUUGACUAACUUAUGAAUAAAGCAAGGUAGGCCUACUUCUGGAUGUCACUUGUGGGUACAUUCUGUCAGUAUACAUGGUGUGUUACGAGAUGCAUGAAAAACUUUUCAAAUGUUUUGCCAACUGUCUUCACCUUGAACUUUCAUGUAUAUAUUAAAUGGGUACACCCUUUGUACUUACUGGUGGUCCAGGAAAAUAGAAAGGCAGUUCUGCACAAUGCCAUAGUGCAGUUGUCAUACAUACGAAUUCGGUGAAAUUUGGUAUAAAUAUAUAUAUAUAUAUCUGUCUACCCAACGGCAAUGCUUAAUUUAUAUUUAGCGCGUGUAUACCCAUUAUAAGAAGUUUUCGAAUUCAGUUACAAAUUUCAAAUUUUUACCAAUGGCAUCGGCCUUUUAAGUGAUUUACUUUGUCCCCAGUCUUUGAAUUCUGAAAACACUUUGCGAUUGGUGUUCAUGUAUAAAUGCAUUAUUCUUAUGAAUAUGCUCUAGCCCAUACCAUUUGGUUGAAAUGUAAAUAAAUGGUCAACUGGUUCAAUCAGGAAAGAGGUACCCCCGACACGGACUACCCAAGCAAGUUUAUAUUAGAGGUGGCCAGUUGUUAUUCAUAUAUAGUUCAUCAGUGGUUCGCAACUCUACAUGUAUGUUUAUGUACAUUCAAUAUUCAUCAUGUUCAUAAUUGUUUAUAAAUAAACUCUCAAUAGUUAGAA